AUGUGGAAAUACGAGGUCAGCCCAUUCUACCUUUCCUGCGAUGCUAUCCUCAAGCCUUUCAAACUUCUUGGUCCGCGGAGCAGUCCCCCAGAAGGACUAGCACUCGGCGCAACAAUAAUUCGUUGCCGCAGCAGUGUUCUUCCUACUUGGUCGCAACAAGCAGAAGUAUUCCAAGGCAUCAAAGAACGCUGGUAUGAAGUAGCAUGGUAUAUCAUAGCAUGA